AGUCGUUGCCUCUGACGUCAGUGGCUCCUGUCUGUGCUCGUGCUGACGAUGGGAGACGUUCUCUGCGAAGAGCUCGAGGACUUAGUUCAUUUCUCAGUGCACGACCUGCCGGCACGAGGCUAUGUCGUCAUGGAGGAGAUCCGACGUCAGGGGAAACUCUGUGACGUCACGCUCAAGGUCGGAGAUCAUAAGUUCAGCGCUCACCGGAUCGUUCUGGCAGCUUCCAUCCCGUACUUUCACGCCAUGUUCACCAACGACAUGGUGGAGUGUAAACAGGACGAGAUCCUGAUGCAGGGCAUGGACCCCAGCGCUCUGGAGGCUCUCAUAAACUUCGCCUACAGCGGCCACGUCGCCAUCGACCAGCAGAACGUUCAGUCUCUUCUGAUUGGCUCGAGCUUCCUGCAGCUGCAGAAUGUUAAAGACGCCUGCUGCUCCUUCCUGCAGGAGAGGUUACACCCAAAGAACGUUCUGGGUGUGCGUCAGUUUGCAGAAACCAUGAUGUGUACGACGCUCUACGACUCUGCGAACAGUUUCCUCCAUCAGCACUUUGUGGACGUCUCUGCGUCUGACGAGUUCCUGAGUCUGAGGACGGAGGAGCUGCUGGAGCUGGUGGGCUGUGAUGAGCUCAACAUCAAAGCUGAAGAACAGGUGUUUGAGGCCGUGCUGUCCUGGGUGCAUCAUGACCAGGAGCGGAGGGAGUCCCUGCUGCCGGAGCUGCUGUCAAAGAUCAGACUUCCUCUGUGUCGGCCUCAGUUCCUGUCAGACCGCGUCCAGCAGGAUGAACUCGUACGCUGCUGCCAUAAAUGCAGGGACCUGGUGGAUGAAGCUAAAGAUUUCCACCUGAUGCCUGAGCGUCGCCCUCACCUGCCCGCCUUCAAGACCAGACAGAGGUGCUGCACCUCCAUCACAGGACUCAUCUACGCUGUGGGAGGACUCAACAGCUCAGGUGACUCCUUAAACAUCGUCGAAGUGUUUGAUCCAAUUGGGAAUUUCUGGGAACGCUGCCAGCCAAUGAGGACUGCACGGAGCAGAGUGGGUGUGGCUGUUGUUAACGGGCUGCUGUAUGCGAUUGGUGGAUAUGAUGGCCAAUCACGUCUCAGCACUGUAGAGGUUUACAACCCUGAGACCGACAGCUGGACACAAGUGUCGAGCAUGAACAGCCAGCGCAGCGCCAUGGGAACGCUUGUGAUUGACGGUCACAUCUACGUGUGCGGCGGCUACGACGGAAAGUCCUCUCUGAACUCUGUGGAGUGUUACUCGCCAGAGACCGACAGGUGGACAGUAGUGACCGAGAUGAGCGCCAGUCGCAGUGCUGCCGGCGUGACCGUGUUUGAUGGACGGAUCUUCGUCUCUGGCGGCCAUGACGGUUUACAGAUCUUCAACACGGUGGAGUACUACAACCACCACACUAACCGAUGGCACCCGGCAGCCGCCAUGAUGAACAAGCGCUGUCGUCACGGGGCGGCCGCUCUGGGCAGCCACAUGUACGUGGCGGGGGGGUACGACGGCUCAGGGUUCUUGAGUGGGGCGGAGGUGUUCAGCUCGGCGUCGGGUCAGUGGAGCCUCCUGGUGGCCAUGAACACACGGCGCAGCAGAGUGUCGCUGGUGUCCACGUCAGGACGUCUGUACGCAGUGGGCGGGUACGAUGGACAGUCCAACCUCAGCUCUGUGGAGAUGUACAACCCUGACACCAACCGCUGGACCUUCAGGACCCCCAUGGUCAGCCAUGAAGGGGGGGUGGGGGUGGGGUGUAUCCCUCUGCAGCCCGCCUAAACCAUCCAAUCAGAGACCAAGAACUGAUGAGUUACUGACGGCUGCAGGCGGGUCAGCGGCGCCCUCCGCUGGCAUUCACUGAGCUUUAUCGGUACGAUGGCUGGGCUCAGACCUGCACACUGAUGUCAGGCCUGUGGGAUUAUGGGUAAAAGCGUUAGAGCUAGCCUCUGGAGGUUAGCUGCUAGCAUUGUGCUAAUUGUUAGCGUGUGGACGGAUUGUUUAAUUUAGAUUUUAUACUGAAAUGACCAACAGGAAGUCACUUGCUCUCCUGAGCAAACAAAGCUGCUGAAACAGGAUGUUGACUCUGAUCUGACCUCACUGGGCCGUCUGAUUGGUCGGCUCUAACCAAUACGAGCGAUCAAACGGGCAGGAAGUGAUGCUGCACACAAACAGUGAAAAAGUUUGAUCACAGACUUUAUUCAAAAACAAACAAUAUUCAGCAGCGCCCUCUGCAGGCUGAUACGAGCAUCACACUGAUGGAAACAUCAGCUGCUCUGAUUGGUCCUUUAUCUGUUUACAGUCUGAUCAUGUUCACGUGCAGCGCGACAGCCUCCAUUUACACUGAGCUGCUACUGUUAGCUUGUUAGCUGCUGCUGUUAGCCUGAUAGCAGCUCAUAUUAGCAACUGCUAAGAGCACGUUAGCAGCUGUUAGCAGCUGUUAGCAGCACGUGUUAGCAGCUGUUAGCACGUUAGCAGCUCAAGUUAGCAUCUGUUAGCAGCUCAUAUUAGCAGCUGUUAGCAUAUUAGCAGCACGUGCUAGCAGCUGUAGUUAGCAGCUGUUAGCUGAUAACGGGCAUAGAUAGCUUUCACUGGAUUUAAUUUGAUUCUGAAGAAAACUUUGGAACAUGAAGAGAUUGCAUCCUGACUUUUUUUUUUAGGUAUAAUGAAAUGAUGAUGUCACACUGAAUGACAUCAUCACCCUCCUGCAGUGUGUCUCCCCUCUCGGCUGUUUGUCCUGAAGGCUGGAGGAGACCUGCUGAUGUUGUAUUCACAGAUCCUUCUGGAAGCUGAUUGAUGGUCCUGGUUGUCAUGGAGACAUGUUUUCAGAGAUGAUGAAGGGGGACUGAAAGCUUUGGAAAGUGUUGUUUAUUUACAGAAAAUAAAAGUCAAAUUCACUCAAAGCACUGAUGUUAUUGAAUUGUCCCUCUGCAGCUUCCAUACAUGUUUAUUUUAAUUUUAUUGAUUAAUUUAUGAAUGAUUAAUUGUCUACUGAGAGGUUUGUGAUCAUUAAAGAGGCUCAUGUUCCUGGACUGUC